GCGUGUCGUUCGUAAUGGAAAGAAAGAUACCACUACUGCGCCUCUUUGUUGGACCGCCGGCGCGAACACAGUGGUCGGGGUGGCUGGUGGUUUCGGGAUCCCGUAGAAAUGCUUCUUUUAUGCCUCGGGUAUUAGCCACAGCUUGUAUUCAUUCAGUAAUUCUACCCCUUCUUCAUUCUUGGACCUCGUUUCUUAAUAUUGUGACUUUUCCAUGCUGUGUCUCAGGAACCUUUUCAAUACGGUCCGGAUUGCUAGCUCCCGUUCAUAGUUUUGCUACAGAUGAUACACAAGGAAUCUUUUUAUGGCAGUUCUUCCUUCCAAUGACCGGCAUAUCUAUGAUUCUUUUCUGCCAAAUGAAGCAGUAGACAUCGGUCCGUAGAACCUAUAAAAAGGAGAUGGCUGUGGCGCGAAGUACUCUUGUGCACCUACGUCAUUCGACUCGCGCGCAAGCCCGUCCCGUUAUCUUAUAUAAGAAUUGAACUUAUUGCUGAGCUGGUUAUUCAAAGCCAGCAAUUGGCUGUCGGAUUUCGUCCCGCAACUAGAAGAAGAUGGCUUCGGGGGUCACUGUGGUGUGGCUGAAUGUAGAGCAGUCCGCCCUUUUCACUACAGGGUUUCUUUUUGGGGUCUUAUCUUCGGACGUGCACUCUUCCCGAUCAAGUGAGUCAUGGAUUGAAAGAGUUCUCAUCCGUGACACAGAGACUUCUUCGUACGACCGAAACUGUGGAGAACAAGAAGUAAGUUCGAUUCCCGUGGCUGGGGAAGCCCAGACUACGGUCGUGGAGCAAGCGGGGCCGUCUGGAAUAGCCUUUCCCGCUCCACCUACUGAUGUAGUGAAUCUCGAUAAUCUUCCUUACCAGUGGAUUCGGGAUCACGAAAAACAAAUAGGUGAUCUCAUCCGCGAAUUUCGCAAAGAAGAGGGGCUCAGGCGACCGGCUCCGGAGAAGGUAGAAAAGAGAAAGAUUGAAAGGGCAAGAUGAUCCGAUAGAGAAUUCUUCGAGAUCUGCAACUCAAUAAAAAAGAAAGUGCUUAGAGUAGUAAAGAAAUGUUUGAUGGCCUUUUAAAAAAAAGGCUUCAAACAUCAAUGCGAAAUUCUAUAAUAGCCAGUC